CGCGUCUGCUGCACGUCCGCGGGGAGUCCCAGCCGCAGUGGAUGACCGAGGGCGACAAGCUGGUGCUGCGGCAGAAGGGGAAGAAGUUCAUGGAUAUCACUGAGAAUGAGAAGUUCUACGCGGAGCAGGUACAGGCUCUUGCAGGCUCGGCGAACCUGCCGGACUUGAUGCACCAGCGCUAUGUCCGCCCCCUGUUUGAUCAGGUCGAGCAAGCGCACAUGGAAUACGUGCUCCGGCACAUGACCAGCUACUAUAACCGGUACUACGGGGGCAUUCAUGGCGAGAUGAGCUCGCAGUGGCUCUACCAACACAUCGCCAAGAUCAUCGACGAAUCCCCCUUCCGCACUCACAUCUCCCUGGAGUACUUCACCCACAGCUUCCCCCAGUCCUCGAUCAUCGCGCGCUUCGAGCCCAAGGUCCGCAACUUCUCGCUGCCGCUAACCAUCAUCGGCGCCCACCAAGACUCGGCCAACUACCUGUUCCCGCUGCUCCGCGCGCCCGGCGCCGACGACGACUGCUCGGGUACCGUCAGCAUCCUCGAGGCGUUCCGCGUGCUGGCCUCGAGCGGGUACACGCCCAAAAAUGGGCCCGUGGAGUUUCACUGGUACGCGGCGGAGGAGGGGGGCCUGUUGGGGAGUCAGGCCAUUGCGCGGUACAAGAAGGAGGAGGGGGCGCGGAUCGGGGCGAUGUUGGAGUUUGACAUGACGGCGUUCAUCGCGCACAACUCGACCGAGGAGAUCGGAUUCAUCGCGACGGAGGCGGAUGCGGCGCUGACGAACUGGACGGUCAAUCUGAGUCGCGAGUAUAUCUCGAUUCCGACGGAGGUGUACAAUUUGGGCGCCGGCGCCGGGUCGGACUACAUGUCCUUCACGCAGCUCAACUACCCGUCGGCCUUUGCGUCGGAGGGCAACCCCUUGGCCGGCGGAAAGAUGCCGGGGAACUUUGAUCCGUAUGUCCAUGGCGUCAACGAUACGAUGGACGUGGACGAUGAGACGGGGUAUUUCUCGAUUGACCACAUGGCUCGCUUCAGCGAGUUGGCAAUUGCCUUUGCCGUGGAGCAGGGCGGUUGGGAUAAUAAGUGGCGGUAGUCGGAUUUUUUGAUGUAUGUACCAACUGUCGGUGUACAUAAGCCUAGGUCGCCGGGUCACAUAAUAUAUAGAAUAUGUGAAC